AUGGGUAUAAUGAUUGAAAAAAUUGUCGGCUUCGGUAUUCUAACGGCUAUCACAGUUAUUGGAAACACAAUUAUCAUAAUAGCGAUACGUGUUGAGCCACGUUUGAAAGGCGUACGUAUAAAACUAUGUAGUCUUAUUGAUCUAUCUAACGAUAUUUAUUUAGAUCGUUAUCUUUAUCUCAUUGAAUCAAAAAUGGAUCGAAAAAAAGAAGCGUCUCGUCGUGCUUUCAUACUCAUCGUCCUAACGUGGUUAAUUCCAUGUCUCGUCUGGAUACCUGGGGUUCUUGGACGCAGUUAUGCUGGCUAUAGUCCUCUCGUAGCUGAUGGAUGUUACUUUCAAGCACCAGCUUUAUUUGCUUUAUUAACGACGAUUGUAUUAUUUUUCAUUCCCAUGAUCGGAAUGAUUGUUUUGUAUGUGAAAAUUUUUCGUGUGUUGCAUGGUCAGAUGAAUCGUCUUUCCUUGUGGUUAACUGAAACUGAUUCAAAUAAUGAAUAUGAUCAAGGAUCUCUUCAUGCUUUGUCAACUACGCGUGAUUCAACACCGAGUCUCACAUCAGCCUAUCAUCAACGUUCAAUUGGUAGCUGUAACGGUAAUUAUUUUAUUAAUAGUAAAAAUGUCACUUGUGCGAGUUUUACAAAUCUUCGUUCCCCAAAUAAUAACAAUACAAAUAGAGGAACAUAUCGUGUCACACGGCAGAGUUCUGUACCACUUCAAUCAUUAGCACUUACUGAACCACGAGAAACAACAGCAGUUGUCGAAGGACCGCAUAAAUUUAAACGUGCUGUUCAUGCUAUUGUUUGGCUAGGUCGAACGAGAAAUAGCGUUUUUGGCAAUUCAAAUCAGUUAAAAGGAAGUUUCAAAGAAUUUCGUGAAAAUUCUCGAAUGCGUAGUAGAAAAAAACUGUUUUAUACGGCAGAUAGGCUAAAUCCACAUCAUCGUAAUUCAACAUAUCGUCGAGCGAUGGUUACCGACUCGUUAUUACAACGUCAACGAAGUGCUGAAAGACGACAACAACAACAAAAAAUGCGUUUAAUUAAACAAAGACGAGUAGCAAGAACACUCGGAGUAUUAAUAUUCGUUUUUCUGGUUUCAUGGCUUCCGUUCACUAUCGCCUGGCCGAUUCAACGAUUCUGUUACAAAUGUGUAUCAAAUAACUUGUUACGAAAAACUUGGUGGUUAACAUAUGCAAAUACAUUUAUUAACCCAUUUCUUUAUUUUUUUUUAAACAAAGAUUUCCGCUAUGCUUUACGAAGAAUUUUAAGAUGUUGUUUCAAACAGAGACAAAAUGGAAUAAAGAAAAAUAAUCGUUGA